GAGCUAAUAUUCAGCGCGCAACACUUUCUGAUAUUUGAACCGCAUGGCAAAAGAUUAAUAUAAACCCUACAAUUACCAAAACCAGUUUCUUAAGGGGCAACUAGGGUUUACAGCAAUUAAUUUAGGUUUCUGUUCUUAAUUUUAAAAAUACUGAACAUGUCGAAGAGAAAGUUCGGAUUCGAAGGAUUCAAUUUUAACCGCCAAACAACUUAUAGCUUCGAGCAGUCUCAAGCUCCGCAACGUCUCUACGUUCCGCCUUCAUCUCGCCACAGCCACGAUAAUUAUGAAGACACGGACCUUGACAAUAUCGAUUACGACGACAAUGAUACUGCCAAGGACACCAACUACAGCGGUAACGGUGUUGGAAAUGACGAAAUUGACCCUCUGGAUGCCUUCAUGGAGGGUAUACACGAGGAGAUGAAAGCCGCGCCACCGCCAAAGGCGAAGGAGAAAUUAGAGAGAUAUAAAGAUGAGGAGGAUGAGGAUGACCCGAUCGAGAGUUUUUUGAGGGCGAAGAAGGACGUGGGGCUCACAUUAGCUGCCGAUGCGUUGCAUGCGGGGUACGAUUCAGAUGAGGAGGUUUACGCCGCAGCCAAAGCUGUUGAUGCUGGUAUGUUGGAGUACGAUUCAGAUGAUAACCCUGUUGUGGUUGAGAAGAAGAGAAUCGAGCCGAUUCCGGCGCUGGAUCAUAGUUCCAUUGAUUAUGAGCCGUUUUGUAAGGAUUUUUAUGAGGAAAAUGCGUCUAUUUCAGGGAUGACUGAACAGGAUGUUGCAGAGUACAGAAACAGUCUAGCUAUUCGUGUUUCUGGUUUUGAUGUUCCAAGGCCUAUUAAGACAUUUAAUGACUUUGGUUUUUCAACACAAAUAAUGCAUGCUAUAUCAAAGCAAGGGUUUGAAAAGCCCACACCAAUACAGUGCCAAGCUUUACCAAUCAUCCUGUCUGGGAGAGAUAUCAUUGGCAUAGCAAAAACUGGUUCUGGUAAAACUGCUUCAUUUGUGCUUCCCAUGAUUGUCCAUAUUAUGGAUCAGCCUGAACUUCAGAAGGAGGAGGGUCCGAUUGGGGUGAUAUGUGCUCCUACCAGGGAAUUAGCACAUCAAAUUUACCUCGAGACUAAAAAAUUUGCAAAAUCACAUGGGAUUCGUCUCUCUGCAGUCUACGGUGGAAUGUCUAAACAUGAUCAGUUCAAAGAACUGAAGGCAGGAUGUGAGAUUGUCAUUGCUACUCCUGGGAGACUGAUAGAUAUGCUAAAGUUGAAGGCACUUACGAUGUUGAGAACAACUUACCUGGUACUUGAUGAGGCUGAUCGGAUGUUUGACCUUGGAUUUGAGCCACAAAUAAGGUCCAUUGUUGGUCAGAUCAGGCCAGACCGCCAGACACUACUUUUCUCAGCUACAAUGCCUCGCAAAGUUGAAAAGUUAGCUCGGGAAAUUCUCACAGAUCCUGUAAGAGUUACUGUUGGGGAGGUGGGAGCUGCAAAUGAGGAUAUCACUCAGGUUGUGCAUGUAAUUCCUUCUGAUGCUGAGAAGUUGCCUUGGCUUCUUGAGAGGCUACCUGGAAUGAUUGAUGAUGGUGAUGUUUUAGUUUUUGCUUCUAAGAAGGCAACCGUGGAUGAGAUUGAAACUCAGUUGGCUCACACAGGAUUUAAAGUUGCAGCUCUUCAUGGUGAUAAAGACCAGGCAUCAAGGAUGGAAGUCUUGCAAAAAUUCAAAUCUGGGAUCUACCAUGUUCUUAUUGCAACUGAUGUUGCUGCUCGUGGUCUUGAUAUUAAAUCAAUUAAGUCAGUGGUGAACUUUGAUAUUGCGAAGGACAUGGACAUGCAUGUUCAUCGUAUUGGUAGAACCGGUCGUGCUGGUGACAAAGAUGGUACUGCUUACACCCUUAUAACUCAGAAAGAGGCACGUUUUGCUGGUGAAUUGGUUAAUAGCUUGAUUGCUGCAGGACAGAAUGUUUCAGUGGAACUGAUGGAUCUUGCUAUGAAGGAUGGAAGGUUCAGGUCCAAGCGAGAUGCAAGAAAAGGAGGUGGGAAAAAGGGUAAGGGGAAGGGUGGUGCAGGUCGAGGUGUGCGUGGAGUUGAUUUUGGUCUGGGUAUAGGAUAUAGUCCUGAAUCCACUAAUACUUCAUCUCAUAAUGUUCCAAAUCGAUCUGCUGCCGUUAAUUCCCUGAGGACAGGAAUUAUGGCACAAUUCAAGAGUAGCUUUGUUGCUGCAUCAUCAAACCCACAAAGCCAGGGUGUGAAUAACAGUUCUAGUGCAUAUACCAACAAAAGACCAGCAUUAGCUGGAUUUGUCUCUGGUGGUUCAAUUGGUGGAGAUAUUAAUAGAGCUCAGAUGACCAGCUCAUUUAGUUCCACUCCCGUGUCAGGAGUAAAUACAUCUGGUCAGAACUGUAGAGAAAAUGGCAAUCAGAACUCAGAGAGUUCCAGAGAUAGACCUAGAGAAAGGCGGAGGCCCUCCGGUUGGGACCGUUAAUGUGUACUGCAACCGCAAAAACUGUUGGAUAAGAACUAAUAUCUUGAAAUGAUCUUGUCUGUAUAAUUUUCAUGCUCUGUAAAUUUAUAUUUUGUUUUUUGGCUAAUUCUAAUGUUUAUCAAAUCAGCUAGUAGAAGUUACUCUUGUUGCA